AUGCAGAAGCUUUACGAGAGCAUUUCUAACAAAUUCGAUAACAAUUAUGCUGCAAUGAAGUUUAGUGCAAUACUGAGUCUAUUUAAAAAAAAGCCAAAAAAGCCUCCUAGUGUUGUAACCUUUUAUAGAAAUAAGAAGCGAUUAAGUAGAUUAUCAAUUAAAGAUUUGGAUUUAUUAGAAGGAAAAAACGUUGAAGAUAUAAUAAAGAAGUACCCUUUGACGCCAUCGAAGACAAAAGCUUUAGACAAAAUGAUUGUAGAUUACAGAAAGGGUAAUUUGUCUCUAUCCGGGUCAACCACAUCAAAAUAUAAGAAAAAGAAAUUGAACAAAGAUAAACUUGAGAAACUCAUAACAGAUUACGAAGAGGCAAAAAAGAAGAGAAGAAAUAGUUUGUCACUUAGAAUUAUAGAUAAAUUUAAAGAGCUGGAUGUUGCUGAACUAAAAAAGAAAUUUUCAUUGACAAGUUCCAAGGGAAAGCUGUAUAACCAAAUGAUUGAAGAUUAUAAGGAUAAAAAAGUGUCCUUAUCAAGACUUUCAAACAAAUCAAAGUUUGACCCAAAAAAUAUGAGCAAAGAGAAAUUAAAUAAAAUUUUAAGAGAU